AUGGAACUUUGUAUAAAUAAUCAUGGUGACUAUUUUGAACAUUUAAUAAGGUAGAACAAAAAAUAUCUUCUUUUGAAUAUUCUUAUGUGAUGUUCUCAGAACGUUCGGUCAACCCGAGGUAUGUAGCGU